GGGCAGGCGCAUCUCGGCUCGCACCCGCCUCCCAUAGCCCCGGCUCGGAGGACCGGUCACAGUGGCGGCUGCCCACCGCCGCGGGGCUGACAGGACGGCGGGCAGUCGGACGAGCGAGCGAGGCAGUCCGGGAGGGGUGGAGGCCCAGGCGCCCAGCCCGCCGCGCGUCGCUCCCGCCCCUUGGCGGCGCCGGCCCCGCGGGAUUCGCAGCGGGAGCGGCCGCAGGGAGAUCGCCGAGGCCGCGGCAGAACAGUGAAUAGACUUUCCUGAGGAUGUCUGAAAACCUUGACAAGUCCCAUAUAAACGAAGCAGGAGAGUCAAAGCCUGACUCUGAGCAAGGCCUGGAAGGUGCUCUGGAACGUUCUGAUGAAGGUUUACAGAAGAAAGUAAAGUCGGACCCACCUAGUCCCCAAAGAGUGGGGAGACCUCACUCUAGUCCUCCGCGACUUGUCACUGUGGAGGAACUUCUAGAAACAGCAGAAGGAGUCACCAACAUGGCUCUAGCCCACGAAAUUGUAGUCAAUGGAGACUUCCGGAUCAAUGCCGUUGAAUUAGCAGAAGGCAGCUUGGAGAAAAGAGUAAAGGAGAUUGUACAUAAAGCAUUCUGGGAUUGCUUGAGUGUCCAGCUAAGUGAAGACCCCCCAACAUAUGACCAUGCCAUCAAACUUGUAGGAGAGAUCAAAGAGACUCUGCUCUCUUUCUUGCUGCCUGGUCACACUAGACUGAGAGACCAGAUAACCGAGGUCUUGGAUCUGGAAUUGAUUAAACAGGAAGCAGAGAAUGGGGCCCUAGACAUUGCCAAGCUGGCAGAAUUCAUUAUUGGCAUGAUGGGGACAUUGUGUGCACCUGCUCGAGAUGAGGAAGUUAAAAAGCUAAAGGACAUCAAGGAUAUAGUGCCUCUUUUCAGGGCAAUCUUUUCUGUGUUGGACCUAAUGAAAGUAGACAUGGCCAACUUUGCUAUCACUAGCAUCAGACCUCACCUCAUGCAGCAAUCAGUUGACUAUGAGAGGAAGAAGUUUCAGGAGGUGUUGGAGAAGCAACCGAACUCACUGGACUUUGUCACCCAGUGGCUGGAGGAGGCCUCCAAUGACCUUUUGACUCAGAAGUACAAACAUGCCCUGCCGGCUGGGGGAGGGGCUGCUGGCUCUGGGGAUGCUGCAGUGCUGAGCCCUGCUUCUGUCCAGAAUUAUGCUUACCUGAAGCUUCUGAAAUGGGAUCACUUCCGGAGACCUUUCCCAGAGACCGUUUUGAUGGACCAGUCUCGUUUCCAAGAACUCCAGUUGCAGCUGGAGCAGCUGGUCAUCCUGGGGUCUGUGCUGCUCGUCACACUCAGCACCGCCGCACCUGGGAUUUCUGGCCACACUGACUUUGCUGAGGAACUCAAGAUGACGGUGAAGAUUCUGCUAAUGGACAUGCAUCUGCCUUCCUUCCGUCUGGAGGAUGCUCUGACUUCCAUUGGGGAGAAGGUGUGCCUGGAGGUGAACAGCUGCCUCUCCCUGUGUGGAUCGUCUCCAUUCUCCAUCAACAAGGAGACUGUCCUCAAGGGCCAGGUUCAGGCCCUGGCCAGUCCUGACGACCCCAUUCGCAGGAUUGUGGAGUCCCGAGUUUUUACCUUCUUGGAGACAUACCUUGCCUCUGGUCAUCAGAAGCUAUUGCCUACAGUGCCAGGGGGAUUGGGUCCCAUUCAGAAAGAGCUGGAAGAAGUUGCCGUGAAAUUUGUGCGCCUGGUCAACUAUAACAAGAUGGUGUUCCGCCCUUACUAUGAUGUAGUCCUCAGUAAGCUCCUCCUCCGCUCCUGAGGAGGCGCACAGCUGCCACAGCACCGCCUCUCCUCAGAACCCGCUCUCCCUCGCAGCGCCAUUGCUGCGGAGAAUGGCAUGUGGUACACUCCGUUAAUGCGCUGGUUCCAAAGGGAAGACUAUCCCGUGCUGCCUAGAAAAGACUGGCUGAAGAAUGCACUGAGUUCUGUUUUGAGGACUGUACUACGAGUGCAAGUUUGCAGACUCGAGAAGCUUCCCUUCUCUUGAGUUUACAGGUAGCACUUAGCUUUCAUCAGUUGGCUGCCGCCGUCUCUGCUCCUGCUGCAUCAGGCUGGAGAGCCAGUUCUCCCAAGGAGCCUGGGGCCUUUCUCUCUUGUGGGUCAUUCCUUCUCAGAUACCCCGUGCUGAGUCCUAGCCAUGACUCAUUCUGUCACAGUCCCCCUACUCUUCCUGUGAGUGUUUUUUUCUUUUUUCAAGACAGAGUUUCUCCAUGUAGCCCUGAAUGU